CUCACCACCUGUUCCCCCACCAAUAAGGCAGCCUAUGGUCAAAGGUGCAUGGAGAUCACCGACAAUCUACACAAUGACUUCGGCAUCCGAGAGUGACCUCGUCGAGGUCUCUUCGUUGGUUAGUCCUUAAAAUAACCCAAAUUAUCAAUCUCGACCCAAAAACCAUCAUAGUCGGACAGACAGCAAAACCUCAAACUCCGCCUCCUUCUCGACCGGCCCUUAAAUCUCUGUUGCUCCACGAGCCACGCCGUCGCCAUGUCCGACUCAACCACCGUGCCGCCUCUGCCAAAGAACAAGCCGAACCGGUGGCCCCUCACGUUUGCAACGAUCUUCCUGGUCCCCGUGUUAACCGCCCUUAUUGUCUACCACUAUGAGUCCUUUGACCCGGCCGAGUUGCCUGUCCACGAGAUCGUCGGUCGGCCCACUGUGGCAGCCCCGAGGGUCAACAGCCGCAUGCUGGACGGCUCAGAGAGGGUUGGCGAGGGAAAACUGCCUGGCCCGGAAGACAUAGCGUACGAUCACGAAUCGGGGCUCAUUUACACAGGCUGUAACGACGGGUGGGUCAAGCGAGUCAGGGUGAACGAUUCGACGGUGGAGGAGUGGGUGAACACCGGCGGCCGGCCUCUGGGGGUCGUACUUAGUCGGCAGGGAGAACUUAUAGUGGCUGAUACAGAAAAGGGACUUCUCAGAGUGAGCCAAAGUGGUUCAGUCGAACUGUUGACCGACGAGGCAGAGGGUGUGAAGUUCAAACUAACUGACGGCGUGGACGUCGCUGAAGAUGGGAUCAUAUACUUCACCGACGCUUCUUACAAGUAUCGCUUCGAAGAGCACAUCUGGGACAUUCUGGAGGGCAGGCCCUACGGGCGGUUUAUGAGCUUUGAUCCUAAGAACAGGCGGACCAAUAUUUUGGUCCGAGACCUCUACUUUGCCAACGGAGUGGCAGUCUCACCGAAGCAGGAUUUCGUGGUGUUCUGUGAAACUAUCUUGAGCAGGUGCCUAAGGUAUUACAUAAGUGGCAAGAAAAAUGGAACAGUCGAUAAGUUCAUCGAACUCCUACCUGGAGUUCCUGACAACAUUCGGUACGAUGGGGAAGGCCAUUUUUGGAUUGCAUUAUCCACGGAAGUUUCUCUUUCAUGGCAGUGGGCACUGAAAUAUCCGGUAAUCCGCAAAGGGCUCGCGAUCAUGGAGAAGUACCUGAAGCGACCGCACAUGGAGAAGAACGGCGGAGUAUUCGUGGUCGAUCUCAAAGGAAACCCAAUCGCACACUAUUAUGAUCCCAGGCUGUCUUUCCUAUCGGGUGCGGCUAAAAUAGGAAACUAUUUGUACUGUGGAUCCAUUGCUGUUCCUUAUAUUACCCGUCUUGACUUGACCUUACAUGGCGCCCAGUGAGCCCCAUGAGACCAAAGAACCUCGACGUGGGAAAAGAUAUUUGUUGAGUAUUAUUCAUUCACUUUGAACGAGUAAUAACCAAUUAGAAUGUUUAUAAGUGAGAAUUCGUGAGCCUCUUGUGGGCAAUUUCUCAUUUUCAAGCAUUCGGAUUGAAUAUUACAAAGCUAAAGUGGUUAAAUAAUACUCACCGGAUAUUUGCUUCUCAACAUGGUAAGUGAACACGAGUGAAAUUUCAAAGUAAUGCAUGGUGAGAGCAGAUAUAGUUGUAUGUAACAUCAGGAAUGCCUUGAACACUCGAGUGACUUUUGUAUAACCGUGUGCACGUAGAGCUAAUGAAGUCUUUGGAGGUAUAGUCA